AUGAUGGACCUUCCCAAUGAGACAAUCGACCUGAUCCUCGCCAAUCUCGACGCCCCCUCAGCAGUCUGCCUAGCCCUGACCUGCCACCGCUUCUAUCAGUGCGUCCUGCACACUACCAAAUGCGCCAGACUAGACGACAUCUGCCCCAAGGACUACAACAAACAAUCCCCCAGCAUACUCCAACUCUACGGCAUCCUCCCACUCCCGCACGAGAUCCCGCAUUACCGCAACCCCUUCAAGUACUCGGACUACGCUAGGGGUCUAAAUAUCAGUCAGGAGCGAUUCAAUCCCGCCUAUGUGCAGUUGAUGUUGUGCGUGAGGGAGUGGAUGGCGCCGAAGUAUGUCUUCUGCUUUGCCAGUGAGAGCACAGGCCAUCAACAACCCACGUCCACCGGCACCACCAACUCUCCAACAAUGCCCAGAAUCACCCUCCACAUGCACACCGCCAUCGCCAACCAGCAGGCAUACGAGCAGCGCCUGCAAGGAAAGAGACUGGUCCUGCGCUUGACCAACGCUUCGCGUCUUCGCGAUAUCGAGCGGUCGCUGACUAGGUUGCAGGCCAUACUGGCAUCGUGGGAGGAGGAGGAGCGGAAGAAGCGUCUAGAGCGGGAGCGGGCGGCGCGGCGCAACGCAGUGAUCAAUGUCAGGAUUGAGAGGCCGGAGAGGGCGUGA